AUGUUGGCAACACCAGUAGCACCAGCCGUUGAUAAAGGCGGAAGCAGUCGAUAUAUGCCUACUAUCCCAAUGCUGGCCAUCUGUUGUUUGGGUUUAUUACUACUCAUGGUAGCGGCGACAAUCAUUCUUGCUCUUAUUCCAGUCUAUGUACCAAAUAAAACUAUAGAUAAUUUAGUCACCACUUCAAUAAGAUACUUUACAUUGAAUCCAUUGUCAACUAUUACAGAGUAUGGCAUAACAACAGCAGGGACAUGCACUACGAUUAGCAAUUCGUUGGAAAGUAAAGUCGGUAUUCCACUAGGAUCACUGAUCCCAAUAUCGUGUACAUUUGCUUUACAAUCAUCGGGUAGACGUCGACGAUCUUGGUAUGUUCAUAGUCGUUUGCGUCGCCAGAGUGGAAGUGCGAAGCUAUUUAUGAAAGCAAUAAUUAAUUACUAUCGAUGUCCACGGUGUCGUGCACAAGCAUACAUUAACCAAUGGAUUAACCUGGAAUUCCCAUCAACAUUCGCCUACAAUGGGACCCAAUCCAUAAAGUUCAUAGUAUCCAGUAUCACUUCUACUGCUUUUACUGGUGUGUGGCCUACCGGAAUAAUUAUUGCAUAG